GCGGCGCACACGUCGUCCAGCGCCUCCGCCUCGGCCGCGAAGUCGGGGUACCAGCGGCACCGGAAGGGUGGCGGGAAGGGCGGUGUGAAGCCGCUGGGGCCCAGCUACGACUGCAGCGCCGGCGGCAGCGGCUGGGUCGCCGAGUGGUCGCUGGCACGGAAGAAGUG